AUGAAAACGAACCAACUGGCAGAGAAAUGGAACAGUUCAUCUGACUCUCGAUUAUCUCAUUGCAUACAUAACUUCAAUAAGUAUGACGUGUAUCUACUGUAUGACCUAGAGCGACCCAUUGGAACUGACUACCGAGAAAUGUGUUUGGAGUGUCCUAAAGAAACGGGCUCGAGAAAACUCAACACUCGGUACGCCUGUAGUAUGUCGACUGUCACCGACCAAUCACAGCGGCCGGUGGAGAGGCGCGGCGAUGACGUCACAGCGUCAUGUAACGGACCGCUCAAGGUCACCUUGAAGGAGCCGCUGUACAACACUUACACUAGGAAUUAG